UGCUCUCUCGAUCUGCCAAGAUUCCGUCGCGCGACAGUGCCAGCUGAGAAGAGCCGCGCGCUCGGGAGGUGAGGCAGGAUUUCAGGAGAGGAGAGCACGCGACGAGACCUCACACUCCAGCUCCACAGAACAUGGACAUCCGCGGCGUUCCGUUCGGGCUGCUUUGGCUUCUCACGGGCUACUCCUGCGCUCUCGGCGGGAAAGUGAACAAGCACAAGCCAUGGAUAGAGACCUCCUACCAUGGAGUGAUUACAGAGAACAUGGACACGGUGCUGCUGGACCCUCCUCUGGUGGCUCUAGACAAGGACGCUCCGGUUGCUUACGCUGGGUUUGAUCAUCAAGUGGUUCAACAGGAUCUGACAGCUGUGCAA